AUGGUGGAUCAACUAGUACAAAACCCACUCGGGUCCACUGAGAAUGUGUCUGAGGAAAUAGAUCAAAUGCUAUGGGAAGUCAUCCAGACAAGAGAGGAGAUGACUAAAAUAAUCGAGAAACAAAACGCCCAGGUACAAGCAGCAUUCCUUAAUCAAGAAAGUAAAAUUGAAGAGGGAAAUAAAACAUUAGUCGCCCAGGUACAAGCAGCAUUCCUUAAUCAAGAAAGUAAAAUUGAAGAGAGAAAUAAAACAUUAGUCGCCCAGGUACAAGUAGCAUUCCUUAAUCAAGAAAGUAAAAUUGAAGAGAGAAAUAAAACAUUAGUCGCCCAGGUACAAGCAGCAUUCCUUAAUCAAGAAAGUAAAAUUGAAGAGAGAAAUAAAACAUUAGUCGCCCAGGUACAAGUAGCAUUCCUUAAUCAAGAAAGUAAAAUUGAAGAGAGAAAUAAAACAUUAGUCGCCCAGGUACAAGCAGCAUUCCUUAAUCAAGAAAGUAAAAUUGAAGAGAGAAAUAAAACAUUAGUCGCCCAGGUACAAGCAGCAAUCCUUAAUCAAGAAAGUAAAAUUGAAGAGAGAAAUAAAACAUUAGUCGCCCAGGUACAAGCAGCAUUCCUUAAUCAAGAAAGUAAAAUUGAAGAGAGAAAUAAAACAUUAGGCGCCCAGGUACAAGCAGCAUUCCUUAAUCAAGAAAGUAAAAUUGAAGAGAGAAAUAAAACAUUAGGCGCCCAGGUACAAGCAGCAUUCCUUAAUCAAGAAAGUAAAAUUGAAGAGAGAAAUAAAACAUUAGUCGCCCAGGUACAAGCAGCAUUCCUUAAUCAAGAAAGUAAAAUUGAAGAGAGAAAUAAAACAUUAGGCGCCCAGGUACAAGCAGCAUUCCUUAAUCAAGAAAGUAAAAUUGAAGAGAGAAAUAAAACAUUAGUCGCCCAGGUACAAGCAGCAUUCCUUAAUCAAGAAAGUAAAAUUGAAGAGAGAAAUAAAACAUUAGUCGCCCAGGUACAAGCAGCAUUCCAUAAUCAAGAAAGUAAAAUUGAAGAGAGAAAUAAAACAUUAGUCGCCCAGGUACAAGCAGCAUUCCUUAAUCAAGAAAGUAAAAUUGAAGAGAGAAAUAAAACAUUAGUCGCCCAGGUACAAGCAGCAUUCCUUAAUCAAGAAAGUAAAAUUGAAGAGAGAAAUAAAACAUUAGUCGCCCAGGCACAAGCAGCAUUCCUUAAUCAAGAAAGUAAAAUUGAAGAGAGAAAUAAAACAUUAGUCGCCCAGGUACAAGCAGCAUUCCUUAAUCAAGAAAGUAAAAUUGAAGAGAGAAAUAAAACAUUAGUCGCCCAGGCACAAGCAGCAUUCCUUAAUCAAGAAAGUAAAAUUGAAGAGAGAAAUAAAACAUUAGUCGCCCAGGUACAAGCAGCAUUCCUUAAUCAAGAAAGUAAAAUUGAAGAGAGAAAUAAAACAUUAGUCGCCCAGGUACAAGGAUUAUUCUCAGAACAAAAUAGUAAAUUUGAAGAGAGAUUUACCAAUCUGUUCGAGGAGAUGAAGAAACAACGUGAGCGAAACGAAGCAAAUCACCAAAGAGUAAGAGAAGAAUUGCUUAUACAGAAGAAUGCUAUUGAAUGUUUGAGCCAAAGACUUGGAUCUUAA